GCCGCAGUGUGAAGGGAGGCUAUUCCUCCCGGAACAAAAGGAGCAAGGCCUUCCGCGCCCCAUGAGUAGUCAACUGCUCAAUCAUCACAAUUACCGCCUCCUCGACAAGGACAAUCAUCAUCCCCCGGCCAAGGCCUGAGAUAGGAGGGAGGGAGAGAGAGAGGGGUCGGAAAUAUAAUGGGGAAGGAUGCUGCUGCAGAACAAGUCCCAGACGACUACUAUCACUACUGGCUCCGAUGGCAAGUCUUCGUCUGUGCACUCAUCUUCCUUCUCCCCGCCCUCCUCUCUAUGAUUCUCAUCAUCAAAUCAAGAUCAACUACAAGAACACCACCACCACCAUCACAACAACAACGGGGACACCGCGCCUCCACUUAUCGUCAACUCUGGCUCCCCUGCUGGACAACCCUCCAUCCCACUUGGCUUCUUUACUAUCGAGCCUUGGCCUUCCUUACCAUGACUUUCUUCCUCUAUCAGAUCGUCCGAGCCUUUGGAUUUUUCAUCUUCUUCUUCUACACCCAGUGGACUUUUGCAUUGGUUGCUGUCUACUUUGCGCUGGCCACCAUAAUCUCUGCCCACGGAUGCUGGAUCCACUCAAAGACACCCUUUGCUCAGAGUGGAGAUAAGGACAAGCUUCUUAAGAAGAACUUGGAGGAAGAAUCUAAAAAUGAUGAAUACGUCUCAUCAACUUCCAUCAUGAAUCAAGAUGAUGGAGGUUUCAUCAAGUGUCACGCCCAAGUGCCCAUUGACCAACAACCUGGCUUCUGGGGAGUUCUUAUGCAAUGCAUAUAUUACACUUGUGCAGGUGCAGUCAUGCUGACAGAUAUAGUUUUUUGGUGCCUUUUACUCCCAUUUAUGUCCGGUGAACAUUUUCAACUCACCAUGUUGAUGGCAUGCAUGCACUCUGUAAAUGCUGUCUUUCUCAUCCUUGAUUCUACUUUGAACAGCCUUCCAUUUUCGUGGUUUGGCUUCGUAUACUUUGUGCUUUGGAGUAGUUCUUAUGUUGUUUUCCAGUGGGCUCUUCAUGUAUGUUGCAUUACAUGGUGGCCAUAUCCUUUCCUAGAUCUGUCGAAUGCAUGGGCACCGAUUUGGUACCUUGCAUUGGCUUUGGUUCACGUUCCCUGCUACGGAUCAUACGUGCUGCUAGCUAAAGGAAAAGAUUCCAUAUUUUCAAGAAUGUUUCCCCACACAUACUUGAGGUUGUAUUAGUUUCCGAGGAAGUAGUCAAAAUAUCAUUGAGGAUUUCAGCUGAGAAGAAGCAAAAAAAUUAACGGCCGGACCUCCUGGCUACGUCAAUGAGUUGGGUCUGACCAGAUUCUAUUUGUCCUCUGCGGAAAACCAAAGGAAAAUGGUGGAGCAUUUUCUGUCCCACCAGAAAGUUUGAAGAUAAAAAGUAUUAGCUCCGGUGGUAGCAUACGCAACAAACGGUUUGUGUUGAAGAACAUGUUUCAGUUAUAUAUACUACGACUAAUAAGUAAUACUACUACUAAAUUUGCAGCCUGCUUGCGUAACAGCAAUAUUAUUGAAUUA